AUGGAUCAGCCUGCCGCUGCCGCCGCGGACGAACCGCCGCCCUCUGGCAAUGUCACGACACCGCACCUUGCCCUGCCCGCCACGUCUAGCAGUUCCAUAUCCGAUAUGCCCGACCCUCGCUACUCGAAAUUGCACUUGUUGGUGGUGGCCAACGGUUCGCGUGAGACGAGUUCCUGCGCCGCCGUCGCAAUGCGGCUUUCCAAAGACCCCAAAAUAGCCAUCAGGGUCGUUGCCGACGAUGUUGCCCCGCAACUCACUCAGACCUUUGCAGUUGAGCGGAACUAUCCAAUGAAGAUUCCAGACCAAUCCGACGAUCGAAUACGAACUAUAGCACGGCAUCAACACAGGGCUGCCGAAUUGGUCGAAUGGGCGGACCUCAUGGUUCUUUGUCCCAUAGACGCCGAUCACUUGGCCAAGAUGAUGAGCGGGCACUGCGACACCAUGAUCCUCGAGGUUCUCCGCAGUUGGGACGCUUCCAAGCGUAUACUGCUUGUUCCAGGAAUGUCAACGACAAUGUGGGAGAACCCGGUCACCAAGCGCCAGAUAAGCAAACUGCACCGCAAAUGGCAUUGGGUGCGUGUUCUGCCACCCAUACUGUGGCGGUACGAGCACCUGGAUACGCCUCCAUACUUUAAGCGUGUAGUAGAAUGGACUGGCCUAAACGAAGUCUUGGGUAUAAUAAAGAAUCAGGCAGACCUUCUGACCAUGGGCCAUGAUGUCGACGUGCCCGCUCGUGAGCUGGUGGCAACAUCGCCAUCCUUUGCCCGAACCGAGGGGCACAAGAAACAGCCGGUGCUACCGCCAGAGAUAUGGAGCCUCAUCCUUGAGCACACUAGAGACUGGGAGCUGGCGCAUUCACUCGGCAUCUUCACAACCCUCGAGAUGCCGGAGCCGUGGCGGACCGAGCCGAAAGACAGCUCGGACCCAUUGCAGGUCUUCAUGCACCGCCUCGAGUGGCGCCUUCUGUCCGCGGACACGGCGGCGAUAUGCAGCGUGUUGGAAACAGCGCCCGCCAACCUUACGGACCUGUCGGCCCUGGCCAUCAAACUCAUCUUCAAGUUCGCCCUCACCGGUGUGCUCUCCUACAUCGAGUGCCACUGCCCGAUCGUGUUCCGCAACUUUGACGGCAAGACCAUCCCGACCAAGGCGUCAGCCUACUACGGCCGCACCGACAUCCUCGACUGGUGGGCCAGGUCCCCUUCGUUUCUGGAGAAACAGUACGACCAGGAGGCCAUGGACAACGCCUCGCUAUACGGGUACAUCCACGUGCUCGAGUGGUGGCGGCGGUCGGGCUUGCCGCUCAAGUACAGCGAGGCGGCGAUGGAGCAGGCUAGCGCAAAGGGCCACAUUCGCGUGCUUGACUGGUGGCGCGAGGCGGCCAUGUCGACGGGCGGGCCGGUGGAUAACAGGGACCCCGACGCCAGGCCCAUAGAGCUCAAGCCGGGAAAGUCGCUGCUUUACGCGGCGCAGGCGGGGCACACGGACGUGCUGCGCUGGUGGAUGACCAGCGGGAUCCCAGUCGAGCAUCAGGACGAGGUUUGCAUGAAGGCGUCACGGGUCGGCAAGGCAGACGUCCUCGAGACUUGGAGGUUGCUGCGCGGUGACAACAACCUCAUCUUCACCUCGCAAGUCCUCGUCGAUCCCACGAUAUACUCGUACAUUGACGUGCUGGAGUGGUGGAGGAAAUACGCCAGGGGAGAACUGCCUGGCAUGGACGGGCAGCCUGCCAAAAAGGUCGAAUACCGUACCAUGGAUAUCGAGGAGGCGCUGGAGGAUUCCUUCGGCGACCAAACCGCCGUCAGGCGAUGGUGGGCCGAGAACGGGCUUAAUUUGGGAUUGGGUACAAGCGAGUGGCUCAAGGUACGCUAUCUUUGA